AUGGCGCAACCCAACUAUGGAAAUGAUGAUGCUUAUUCGAUGUUAGGGGUUUUAGGAGAAUAUCUUUGUAUACUCUGCCAACAUGGAAAUCUUGCAGAUGUAUGGGUGAUGAAGGAAUAUGGAAAGAGCGACUCUUGGUCUAAAAUAGCAACUAUGUCAUCUUGGAUGUAUCCUGAGUUAUGUCAUCAGUAUGAAACACCCUUUUGCAUUUCAAAGGAUGGUACACUUUUGCUCAGUAUGAGGACAAAAGUAGGACUGUACAAUCCGAAGGAUAAUACGGUGAAGUAUCCUGAGAUUCGUAACUCUGGUGCAUGUUUUGUACACAAGACCUAUAUUGAAAGCCUAGUUUCACCCAAUGUGGACAGAGGGGCUGAGAGACAACAACAAUGA